AUGACAGACGUCGUCGGUCUUGGACUCGUCACUUCUUCUACUACUACUCGCAAUCAUACGUCUUACACGUCCCAGACAUAUCAAGCCCAGAACCAGACCCAAACCCCGAGCAAGUGGCAGCAAAAGGCCCAGAACCAACACUUGUUUAGAAGCAGAAACAUUCGUCGGUCUUCAUCAUCACUUUUGUCUACUUCCUCAACCUCUCCUUCGACAACUAAGACCGCGACGCCUAAUACCACUACCGCAGCUACCACAAAAAGACGAAUCACUCGUGCUGCAGCUGCCACUGCUAAGGCAGCUGAGGAGAGAGAGAAGAACAAAGAAAAGGGGAGCAACAAGGCAGGCAAGAUGUCGACAAUAACCACCACCGGCACCGGCUUCGCUGCUGCGAGUUCGUCUACCUCUUCAAGUAGUCGGCACUCUUCGAACUCCACUACUCCCACCUCCCCGCUGCAGCAUCACCAACCUCAUUCCAAUUCACAUUACUCACACCAACACACUCCACAUCAGCAGCAACAGCAACAUCAGCAACAACAGGGCCAGCAACAGCAACACCAGUACAGCAUCCGUUCCCAUCCAACAUCCCAUCCAUCCCACCCAUCCCAUCCCGCAUCCCAUCAGAGCUCCCAUCAGGCUUCAUACACCGACUCCUUGCUAGCAGUCCAACACCCUUCUUCAUCCUCUUCUUCUUCCGCCGAUGCCUCCGGAUCUCACCAACAACCCCAACUACAACAACCACAAGACAGCACAAGGUUAAGAGGCCCUUUAACUCGCAAACGAGCAGCGAGUCUUGUAUCAGGGAAACUGGGCGAUAGGACAAAGCGGUUGAGUAUAGAUCUCAACGCAGCCCGCUCUGGUACUAGUACUCGCUCGCAUACUGCUUCCCACACCACCUCCGGACUAGCACGGGAAACCGACAGUGCCGCUGUUGCGAAAGAAACCCGUGGAAGUGGCAGUGGCAUUGAUGGUCCUAGCCUCAAAGAUUCCAGGGUAGGGGCAGACCUGGAUACCCACUUCGUGUCUUCCUUGGUGUCGGGUGGAGGAGGAAGUGUGGGCAGUAUUGGAGGUGGAAGUGUUGUGGCUGGUAGUGCUGGUGGUGGGCAGCAUACUGGAGGGCAUUCUGGAGGAGGGCCGCCGCAGAGGGAUCUAAUCUGUUUGUGUACGCCUGCGCCGAAGGUUCCUAGGCCCAGGAAUGCAUUCAUCCUCUACAGACAACACCACCAAGCCCGCGUCGUGUCCGAAAACCCCGGUCUCACCAACCCUGAAAUUUCCAAGAUCAUCGGUGAGAAGUGGCGCGCCGAAUCGGACCUACACAAGGAAGAGUGGAAGCAGCUUGCCGAAGAAGAAAAGCUGCAUCAUCAGCGGAAAUAUCCAGAGUACAAGUACCAGCCUAGACGGGGGAACAAACAUAGUGCCGCCUCUAGUGUUGUUGGUGUAGGGGGGUUGGGGAGUAAUAGGACUAGUCCUACUACGCCUGGUGGUCCUGGGAGUAUUGGAGCAGGUGGACUAGGGGGGAUAGGGGGAAGUAGUGCGGGAGGGAUAGGGACAGAACAUCCGGGUAGGUGCCCGAAUUGUGGCGGGAGGUAUAUCGCUACGCCUAGGACGCCUUCGACGCCUUUUGCUGCGGCUGCGAGUGCGAGUGCGAAAGGUUCGAUGCACGGUGGUGAGGGAAGGAGUGCUGGUGGUGGUGGGGAGUCGGCAUUCAGCGCGGGGAUGGAUACCCCAAGGACGAUGGAACACCAUGCUUCAGCGUCGUCUCGCAGCCAGCAACAUUAUGGCCAGCAACACGGCGGGUACAAAGAUCACCGAGCGUCUGUUUCUUCUCAGGGUGGUUACCAAGCGUAUCCCAACAGAGAUUACCAUCACAGCCAGACGUACCAUUACCCGACACCUUCGCAUCAUCAGCAAUACCCAUCUCAUCCGCUGUAUGAUAUGCCGCAGGAGUACGACGUUCCUACACCCACUGGCACCAGCUCAAAGCGAAGACGGUACGAUUCGACCUCGAUGCCGUAUCGUCCUGAGCGUGAAUAUGCUCUUCAGUCGCCUAAUACUCCUUACGGGGGCAGUCAGAGACAUCCGAGUGUAGGUGGUCAUGGGCACAGUCACGGCCAUGGACAAGUCUCGUUGCAUCAUUACCCGCCUCCACCGCCUCCUACUUCCUUGGGAGCAAUUGGCGGCGGCGGCUCAGGAAGUGUCCCACCCACGCCGGGCUUCGCUCCCGCUCCAGCCGGACCACCGACUUCCACUGCUGCACUUUCCGGUCCUGCCUCACUAGCACUUUCGGGAUGCGGUAGGGGUCCUCUCUCAAAUACCAUGGCUCCACCUCCUCGGCCUCCUACACUUUCUGUGCCUGGCUCUUCGAGCGGUAGCUACCACCAUGGUCAACAACAUCCAGCGUCGUCUGGUUCUUGCUCCGGCCUCAGCCCGGUACGGAUGAGAGGUGAUGAUUCUGUUUUCGACCCAUCUCUUCGCUUGCCUCCGUUACAGACGCACUUGGCUCAUUUAUCACCCCAUUCUCCUGAAUCUGGGUCUUCGUCUUCCGGGGCUGGUGCUGGUGCUGGUCUGAUUUCGGCAGGUGGAGGUGGCAUAGGACUGGGGAUAACUUACCCCGGUGGUGAUCAUCGUGAUCCUAGAUCUGCUUCUUCGGGCGGCUCGCAUCCUUAUCCAAGGCUGACAGGAUCAGGAACAGCGGGAAACACGCCCACUGCUGCUUCUUUCCCUGCAAGUUAUCACCAAGGAGCCCACCCUCACCCUCAUCACACGCAACAAGCACCCACCUCCACUCAUCCCUCGUGGGCGACACUGUAUCCUGGACAAAGAGAACAGCAACAGGCUCCGCGGAGUGACCCAUCUCAGGCCAUCAUGUCAAGGGACAAUAGGGAACGUGGCAGUACCACAACCCUCCCACACCACCCACCCCAAACCUCCGACUCCAACACCAAAAGGCAACUCGCCCUCAUAGAAGCCCAACAGCGCCAGCAAUCAGUAGAAGCGAUGGUUAUGAGCAUCUACUACGUUCGCAAGGCGUCUGUGCUUCGACGGAUUGGGCGGGAACUGCCUGCUUACGGUGCCGUAGCUGACAAUGUGGACAACUUGUCUGAGACCGGGGAUGAUUCAGCACAGGAGCAGGCGCAGAUAAUGACGACGAGAGGACCGAUUAUUGCCGUUGAAGGACCGAAUAAGGAGUUGUUGCGGGCUGUUAGCAAAGCGGUGCAGAAGGCGUUGUUGCAGUUGGGAGAUUGUGAGGUCCGAGCGUGGGUUGGAGAGGGGGAUGUUUGGGAUCGGGAGGGUGAGAAAGAGGAUAGCGAGAAAGUCAAAGCAAAGAAGGGUGGUGACGAUAUGGAAAUGGACGAUACCGUCAUCGUACGCGGUUCGUCGUCGCCUAAAUCCAAUGAUGGAAAUGACCGCUCCUCCUCUCCUCUUCCUCUUCCCCUUCCCUCCACAAACAAAAAUCCCUUCUCCCGCUACCUCGACCUCAUGCUCUCCUGGCACCAGAAAGCCUCGGAGCUGACGAAUUUUGUUACUACUCCUUUUUUCUCACCCUCAUCUUCCUCUUCCCGCUCUUCAACGCCUCUACCCGCCUCCCAGCAACCCUCCAGACAGUCCUCCAGACACCCCUCUCAUUCGCCUUCAAUCCCUGGCCAAAAACUCCCCAAACUCCCCAUCGCCCUUCUCCCCCUCGGCUACUCUCUCACUUACUCCGACCGCUUCGCCUGCACCAUCCCCAUUGCCGAUGCUUACGCGCCCGUGGAUCACUGGCAAUGGAUGGCGACCCUUUGGCGAGGGAUCGUGGGACCGGAUCUGACGGUGUAUGUGAAGCCGGUAACGGAGGAGGAGAUGAUGAUGGAAGGGUGGCCGCCGGUUGGAGUGGAAGUGAAGGGGGAGAGAUUGAUUGUUGUUAGGGUUGUUGUUCCGUCUGGACAUGGGGGACAGAUAACGGCAGUAGAAGAGUUGAGUGGUGAGACGGAGAAACUGUUGGCGUUUGAGGUUGGGGAGUGGGUUAGGGCUGGACCGUUUGGAGUGCGGGGACGAGGAGGGGUGGCGAGAGGGGAGAGGGAGACGACGCAAGUUGGGUAUGAGUAUGAGAGGAGUCAUGGGUAUGGUAGUGAAGGAUGGUGA